AUGGCGAAUCGAGGGCUAUCAGUGCAGGAGUUGUUCGGCCAUAUCAAAGGCUGUCGGGCUGGCAUUAUCAGGGCUCUCACCACUGAGGAAGAGCCCAUGUGCCUGUUUGGGCUUCCAGAUGGGACAUGGGAACUUAGACUCCCCGAGGAUAUGGUUCCCCCAGAUCUUCCUGAGCCAAUGUUGGGAGUUAAUUACGGCAAAGUUGACACAUCGUUGGACCAGUGGCUUCGAACUGUUGCAGCACACAGCGAUUCAUGGUUGAUUGCUUUGGCUUUCAGCAUUGCCUCGAACUUCCAUUUCGGGAAGAAGAAGAGGAAGACGCUCUUUAACAAGAUAAAUGAACUCCCAACUGUACUAGAAGCUGUUAAACAGUUCUACCGAGAGCACCAAGCCACCAUCAAAAGCAGCAGCCAAACCAAAUCUGGAGAGAGGAUGCGUGCACAGCAAUCCCAAGUCGUAGCACAGCCUGCAGAAGCGCAGGACGAUGAAGAAGAUAAUAUACCCUGUGGAUCUUGCCGGCGGGUUUGCGAAGGUGAUGAGUUCUGGAUUUUCUGCGAUACGUGCAGGAUAUGGUACCAUGGAGAUUGUGUCAAUAUGACGGCCGAAAUGGCUAGGCUCAUCAAACAGUACACAUGUCCUUACUGCCGUGGCAAGAGGGCUCGAGUUUGA